UGGUCAAUUAUUUCAUACGGACCAAACCAACCUGACCCCUUCCCUUCCCUUCCCUUCCCUGAGUCCCUCCCUUCCUUCCCUUUGUUUUUUCAACCAAAACAUACCUAAUCAAACCACACGCCUUUCCCUUUUUUUACAGGAAAAACCCAUUUAAGCUCACGCUCUAUUUCUCCCGUUAAUUUGGGUUUUUAUCUUUUGAGGGGAGGGGGGGGGCUUUAGAUCGUGAGCUUUUCAGUUUUUCAAAAGCAUGGCGGUUUCUUCAACUUUUUCCGGUGCUAAACUGGAGAGUUUGUUGGUGAAUUCUUGUUCAUCGUCUUCGGCUGCUUCAUUGCGGGCUUAUUUUCCUUGUCAGCAGCAAAUGAAGGCCUUUUAUAAGCCUAAUCGGGGAAGGAAAGGUACGGUUCGGAGGGGUGGAGGACUUAGAUGUGAAGUUGCUCAAUCUGAGGCCGCUUUGGACGGCGAAAAAUUUGAUCCUUCUAAGGCUUCUGCACUCUCUGCUCUUGAACAGCUCAAGACCUCCGCCGCUGACAGAUAUACAAAGGAAAGGAGCAGCAUUGUGGUCAUAGGGCUUAGUGUUCACACUGCACCUGUAGAGAUGCGUGAGAAACUUGCCAUUCCAGAAGCAGAAUGGCCACGAGCUAUCGGGGAGUUAUGUGGUUUGAAUCAUAUAGAAGAGGCUGCUGUUCUUAGCACCUGCAACAGGAUGGAAAUAUAUGUUGUGGCUCUCUCCCAGCAUCGUGGAGUCAAAGAAGUAACUGAGUGGAUGUCGAAGACUAGUGGCAUCCCAGUUUCAGAGAUUUGCGAGCACCGGUUUUUGUUGUACAACAAGGAUUCUACACAGCACCUCUUUGAGGUAUCUGCUGGUCUUGACUCCCUUGUUCUUGGAGAAGGUCAAAUUCUUGCACAAGUUAAACAAGUUGUCAAAGUUGGGCAAGGAGUUGUUGGCUUUGGAAGGAACAUUAGCGGGCUGUUCAAGCAUGCGAUUACUGUUGGGAAACGGGUCAGAACAGAGACUAACAUUGCUGCUGGGGCUGUUUCAGUUAGCUCUGCUGCAGUUGAACUGGCUUUGAUGAAGCUUCCUGAGCCCUCACAUGCUACUGCUCGAAUGUUGGUUAUUGGAGCAGGAAAGAUGGGAAAGCUUGUCAUCAAGCACUUGGUAGCAAAAGGAUGCACCAAGAUGGUGGUUGUUAACAGAAGUGAGGAGAAAGUUGCAGCAAUGCGUGAGGAGAUGAAAGGUGUUGAGAUUAUUUACAGACCCCUUACAGACAUGCUGGCUUGUGCAGCUGAAGCUGACGUGGUCUUCACCAGUACAGCAUCAGAAACCCCAUUGUUUUUAAAAGAGCAUGUCAAGGAUCUCCCCCCUGUCAGUUCUGAAGUUGGUGCUUUGAGGCUCUUCAUUGAUAUCUCUGUUCCACGGAAUGUGGGAUCAUGUGUCACAGAUGUUGAAGGUGCACGAGUUUACAAUGUUGAUGACCUUAAGGAGGUCGUAGCUGCUAAUAAAGAGGACCGACUACGGAAAGCAAUGGAAGCACAGGCCAUUAUUACAGAGGAAUCAAAACAGUUUGAAGCAUGGAGGGAUUCACUGGAGACUGUUCCCACCAUUAAAAAGUUGAGAGCCUAUGCAGAGAGAAUUAGAGCUGCAGAGUUAGAGAAAUGCUUAUCAAAGAUGGGUGAAGAUAUCCCAAAGAAAACAAGGAGGGCUGUGGACGAUCUCAGCCGUGGUAUUGUGAAUAAACUUCUCCAUGGCCCAAUGCAGCACCUGAGAUGUGAUGGUAGUGACAGUCGUACCCUGAAUGAGACCCUUGAGAACAUGCAUGCACUUAACAGAAUGUUCGGCCUUGAGUCAGACAUAUCUCUUUUUGAACAGAAAAUUCGAGCCAAGGUAGAACAAAGCCAAAAGUAAGCGUCAAAAUGGAAUCUCUCACACUACAAUCAAUUAUAAUUCCUCAAUCAAAUAAGAGGAAAACUUCCUCACCUUGUCAUGAGUGUUGGUCUGCUGUAAUCGAGUGACUAAUCAAUUUUAGUUCCUUGCGGGGCAAAUUUCAAUUCCUUAAUUGGUGUAAGACACCUUUGCUUGACUCUCAUUUGGCUUCACGUUCCUACAUUAUGUUUAUUAGUGGUCUUUCGGCUUUGUAAGGUGCAGUAUGAGGUGAGCUUGAUCCGUGUACUGAUUCUUCCGUAGAAAAUGUAUGAUAUCUAUGGGGACAAUAUUAAUCAUUGUAAUUAACUUACUGCUUAUUUUAAUAUAGAGCUAGACUUUUCUGAAAA